AUGGCUCUGCUGGUCUCAUUUCAUGGAGGGAAUCGGGUCAUAGCGUGGGUCCUGCUUCUGCUGCUGUCAGUGGUGUGCGUGCAAGCUGGGAACUCAGCAGGAUCCAACAGAGUAAAUGGCUAUAGGGUGGAGCAACCAGAACGCCUCUCUGGUGUCCAGGGCGGCUCCAUCGAGAUCCCCUUCUCCUUCUACUUCCCUGGGGAAUUGGAACAAAUUCCACCAAUGAGGAUUCUCUGGAGAUGGAAGCAGUCCUAUGGGGAAUUGAUCUACAACUCUUCCUCGGGUUUUAUACAUGAGCAUUUUAAGGACCGGCUCAUCCUGAACUGGACACAGCCUCAGACAUCCGGAGUCCUCACAAUUCUGGACUUGAAGGAGAAGGACCAGACAGUGUACUUCUGCCAAGUUCGUCUGAACACAAGUAAAGGCUUACAGAAGUUUCAUUCGAAUAAAGGGACCCACCUCACCAUCACCCGUGGUCCCCACGUUCUCACCAUGAUCAGGUCUUCUGGUCGCUUCACCUCCUCUGUGGCAGCUGUGACUUCAGCUUCCACACCGAGUGCACUCAGGUCCAGCCUAGUCACUGUGUGGGCAUUGCCCCGCCCAUCCAUCACCACUGCUGGGCACGCUUGUGGUCAUUAUAUAUGGAGAGACACAGACACAGGCAGAAUUCAACCCCUGCCUGAGGUCAUGCUGGUGACCGACAGACCCCACAGGACCUUUUAUGUCCGAGUGUUUCUCAACCGGUAG